CUCACUGUGUUAAGAUUUUGAACAUGGGGAGGAUUUAAAGCUUUCUAUUCUAUGGAGGUAGAGAAAAAGGAGGUCCAAACUUAUAUCUUCUUACUUAUCCUGCUUCAACUCCUUUGGCUUUCUCUUUAGGUAAACUAAGUUUCAGGUCUUUUCUUUUUGCCUGAUUUACUAGACCUGAUAAUUUGCCUCAAGAAAUGCAACAAGAAGCAAAAGCAAGAAAAGUAGUAUCAGUGAUAACCACGCUCAUUCAUGGUCGCACAAUUCAGUCCAUAGCAAGAUCUCCAUCACCUUCACCUGCCAUUGGGAUCGCAAUGACAGACGACCCAGAGCCAUUUAAAGGAAUAGCUGGAAAAUCUAUCAGAGGGUCAUUUCCAACUACAUGCAAGUCAAAAUGCAAUCUCUGUGAGCCUUGCAUCCCUGUUGAAGUAUCAGUUCGAUCAAAUGGAAUGGCAUUGGAAGAGAAUUACUAUCUACAGGUGUGGAAAUGCAUCUGUGGUGGUAAUAUAUUUUCGCCUUAGGAAAUUUUUUUUUAAGAUUAUCCAUGAGAAAGUUAUAGCAUAAUGGUGCAUGUAAGCUGGUAAUUUCCUAAUUCUUUUUUUUGCCCUUGAGUUUUUAACUUUAAAUUCUCUUGUUCUAUUAUAUGUUCAGUUAGAGAAAGAUAAAUGGAAGAUAAUGUGGAAAGA